AUGGUAAAGAGCACCGAGCGCGUUUGCUACUAUGAUACGUUAGGCCUCGAACCCAACUGCUCGAUGGAUGAUGUCAGACAUGCUUACCAUGAACUGUCCAAAAUAUACCACCCGGACAAAUACAACUCCAGUUGCGGCAUGCCGAAAGAUGAAGCCUCCGCCAAAUUUCUAGCAAUCAAAAAGAACCCGAUGAGUGAGCCUUCUACGACUCCUACCGCCAGACCUACGCUGUGCCAGAGGCUUUCAACCCCGACCUCGAAGCCGCCUUCGACAACAUUAAUUUCAACGGCUACUCCGACUCCGGCCGCGGCUUUUAUAAGGUCUACUCCGACGUUUUCGACAGGAUUUAAGGAACCGCAUGAUGAGUACGAUUCUGAGUCAGGUCUCCCGCAGAAGAGUAAAGCUGUGGUCCGCCUAAACAUGAAAGCUAGGAAGAAGGCCAAGAAGGAGUACAACAACAAGGUGCAUGCGGAGUUUGGCAUACAAUGCCAAGAGGCUUGA